AUGAGCGAUCUCUGCCAGUUUCCCGAUCUGUGCCUGUUUCCUGAGCUGGAGCUUCCUCGCUCGGCUACGGCUACGGCUCUGGCUCCGGCAGCGGAUGCGGACGCGGCUUCUACUCUGGCUCCUGCUCUGUCUCAGGCCCCGUCGGAUUCUUCACCUGUGCCUUUCAGAAAGUACAAUCUGAGUCAAUUUCCUCAACCGGAACUUCCUCUUGCUCGGGCUCUGGCUCCACCCUCAUCUCAGGCUCCCAUGCAAGCUCAGGCGUUCGAACCUUCUCCCCUUGUACCAGCCAGAAUGGAAGAUCUCAGUGAAUUUUCUCAACCAGAUAUUCCUUUAGCUAUCCUUGCUCAGGCUCUAGCUCCACCUUCAACUCAGGCUCAGGUUUCCUGCCCUCCUUCAUGUGUUCCAGAGCAUGUGAUGUACAAAAAUCGGUUGCAGGAGUAUACACAGAAGACAAUGGUGCAGUCUCCUAUUUAUAAUACUAUUAACGAAGGAAGUCAACAUGCCCCGCGAUAUAGGUCGACGGUAUUUGUAGAUGGGAAAAGCUUCACAUGUCCCAACACAUUUCCCCAAAAAAAGGAAGCUGAGCAAAAUGUUGCUCAAAUUGCAUUGGAUCUUUUGUCACAAAUGAUGAAGGAUGAAGGCUGUCCUCUCAUCCAUGAGGAUGCAGUUUUUUGCAAGUCUAUUCUUAAUGAAUAUGCAGCCAAGAUGAACAUGGAAAUGCCCAAUUACACAACUAUUCAGCCACAAGGGGCAGUUCCAGUUUUUAUAUCCUCUUUGGUUUUCAAUGGUGUAACUUGCACUGGCGGCCUGGGUACAAGCAAAAAGGAGGCUGAACGAUUGGCGGCCCGUGCUGCCAUUCAAUCCCUAUAUGAUGAUAGCAAGUCAAAAAUGGUUCUUUUGAAUACAAUCAAGUCUAAGCGGGAACUUUAUGCUGCAUACUGGGGGACUAAACAUUCAUAUCCUGUUGGAGUGAAUGUGGGAGGCAAUUCUGAAACCUCAAAUACCGAGCAUAGGGAAGCUUUAGCCUCUGGACCAGCUAAUUAUAUCCUUAGUUGUGCUAUUCCCGAGGCAUGCUCAGAGGUACCUGCACCACAUCAUUUGCCCCAAUUACCAAGUGCAGUGGCUAGAGCAUCCUCUGCAGUAGGGAAUUCCUUGAUCUCCUUUGUUCCUGCGACUACCGAACAGCAGCCCAUUGCUGCUAUGAGUUCUGGUAGAAAGCGACGUAAGAACAAGAAAAAGUCCAAUAAGAAACCGCGUGUUGAUCCUCAGUUACCCAAUGCUGUCAUGCCCUUUGACCAAGCCCCGCCUUGUUCUGUUGCAAAGUAG